AAUUGAAACCACAAUAGUUGCAGAGGACGGAAAGCUAGAAAGAGACGCGAUGGACAAGGAGGAGUUGACGGAAAACUCUCCCAAGAUGACCCAACUGUUAUCUCCUACAACGCAUAAGGGUGGCUUCAGAACCAUGCCCUUCAUCAUAUUGAACGAAUCGUUUGAGAAGGUUGCAAGCUAUGGGCUUAUGCCCAAUAUGAUUUUCUACUUAAUGAAAGAUUAUAACUUGAACGCCGCAGCUGGUACUACCAUUCUCUUGCUCUGGUCUGCUACCUCCAAUGCCCUCGCCAUUGUUGGGGCUUUCCUCUCUGAUUCUUACUUGGGUCGCUUUCGAGUCAUCGCUUUGGGCUCCUUCUCUAGUCUCCUUGGGAUGAUUAUGCUAUGUUUAACAGCCAUGGUUCCAGAGACGAAGCCCUCUCCUUCGUGCCAACCAUAUAAUUACGGAAGCUGCAAAUCUGCUACUUCUUCCCAACUGGCUCUCCUGUUCUCCUCAUUUCUGCUCAUUUCCAUUGGAGCCGGUUGCAUUAGGCCAUGUUCCAUUGCAUUUGGAGCAGAUCAAUUGAUCAAGAAAAACAACCCAAACAAUGAGGGGAUCUUACAGAGUUUCUUCAACUGGUUCUAUGCUUCCACUGGGGUUUCCACCAUCCUUGCACUCACUGUGAUUGUGUACAUUCAAGACCAUUUGGGCUGGAAAGUGGGUUUUGCAAUACCUGCAUUUCUCAUGCUCAUAGCUUCUCUACUCUUCUUAGUGGGUUCUCCUCUCUAUGUCAAAGUGAAGGCCAGUAAGAGCUUGUUCACCGGAUUCUUUCAAGUACUUGUAUUGGCAUUUAGAAACAGAAAUCUUCCUUUCCCUCCCAACAACAACUCCAAUGGAUUCUACCAUCAAGCCCCAGAUUCGGAGAUCGUCGAACCUACCAAGGCCCUAAGGUUUCUAAACAAAGCUUGCAUAAACAGGAAUCGGGUAACAUUUGUAAGAGCUGAUGAUGGGUCAUCAUCAAAACCAAUAAGCAAGCUCUGCACAGUGGAACAAGUGGAAUCGCUGAAAUCACUAUUGAGAGUCAUUCCUAUAUGGUCUAGUUGUAUCCUUGUCCAAGUGAUCAUCAACCAAUCUUCAUUCACAGCAAUCCAAGCAAGCACCAUGGAUACACACAUAACCUCUCACUUCCAAAUUCCUGCAGGUUCAUUUGCAGUGUUCUUAGUUCUCACUCUAACUAUAUGGGUAGUCAUGUAUGAUCGUGUAAUUGUUCCCUUAAUGGCAAAAUACAUGAGAAGACCUCAUGGGCUUGGGCAAAAUCAACGUAUGGGUAUUGGAAUACUGGUCUCUGUUUCAGCCAUGGUUGUCUCAGCAGGAGUUGAGAGGGUUCGAAGGAGAGUGGUGAACAUGUCAGCUAUGUGGUUGGUUCCACAGCAAUGUUUGCUUGGCUUAGCUGAGGCAAUCAAUGCUGUGGCACAAGUAGAGUUCUAUUACUCUCAUUUCUCUAAGAACAUGGCUAGCCUGGCAAUGGGUAUUUUCACUUUGGGUAUGGCUGCAGGUAACUUAGUAGGGAGUCUUAUAGUGAAGAUAGUGGAUGAGAUUACUAAAAGAGGAGGUAAAGAGAGUUGGGUGUCAAGUAAUCCUAAUAUGGGUCACUAUGAUUAUUAUUACUGGCUUCUUGCAAUCUUGUGUUCCAUUGAUUUCCUUUAUUUUCUCUUUUGUUGUUGGGUUUAUGGGCUUAGCAAGGAAGAGGAAAGCAAGCUUGAGGGUGGAGCAGAAACAUGUACAAUAGCAGAAACAAGUACAGUAUAGGAUAAGUUUGGAGGAUUCCUUAUCA